AUGUAUCUCACAGCACAAUUCUUACGUCUGCUGUUGAUUUCAAUUUUUUAUAAGGCUCAGCGUCUUCAAGCUCAGGUCAAUCAAAGGCCAAAGUUCAGUGAAAAUCAGUUUAUUGUAACAUUUAAAGAGGAAGAACCCAUUGGCACCAGAGUGACUCAAGUAUCUGCCACAGAUACAGAAGGAAAUACGAUCAGUUAUGAAAUUGGCUCAGACGCCAACGGAAAAUUCAGCAUCGACCAAUCUAGUGGGUGGAUAACAUCUAAUAUAAGCAUCGACAGAGAGACUUCUCUUGUUCAAAGUAUUCAAUUCACAGUGUACGCUUACGAUGAUGCCAAUGGACCUCAGGCGAAGGUUUCCGCGACGGUGUCGAUUACUAUAGAGGACAUCAACGAUAACACACCUGUUUUUCAGAAUGCUCCUUACCAAAAAAGAAUCAGCGAGGACGUCAGUUCAGGCAGCACAAUUUUUACUGUGACAGCAACUGAUGCGGAUAUGCCGGACCCACCAGCGAAGGAUCUUCUCACGUUCACAAUCGUAGAUGGAAAUGUGGGAGACAAAUUUUACAUCGAGUUAUAUGGUGGCAGUGUAGUUGUCACCAAAAAGUUGGAUUAUGAGUCGAUCAAUAACUACACACUGAAAAUUCUUGCAAAGGACAACGGGCCAGGCAAUGGACUUAACUCAAGCACAACACUGAAUAUUCUCAUUGAUGACGCUGAUGAUCUCCCGGCCGAAUUUUCUCCUUCUUCAUACGAAGCAGAAGUGCCAGAAAAUGCAGCUAAGGGUUAUUACGUCACGGCUGUUACAGCACGUGACGGAGAUGAGAUGUUGGAUGCACCAGUGGAAUACUUCAUAGAUACAGAUACAAACCCCAACAGCGUAUUUACCAUUCUGGGCUCAUCUGGAGUGAUAACUGUGAAUGGCUCGUUGGACAGAGAGAUUAGAGACUCCUAUAACUUAAGAAUUGGGGCCACUUCCACUCAUCAAAACCCAGUUUAUGCGAACGUAAAGAUAACUGUGAAGGAUGUAAAUGACAACCCUCCUGUAUUUAUCGACGCACCUUAUUCAGGAGAGAUUCUGGAAAACGCAUCACUUGGGAUGACGGUUAUGAGAGUUACAGCUGUGGAUAAAGACGAGGGAAAUAACGCAGUGUUCUCGUACAGCCUGGAACGCGCCGGAGGAAAGUUUACCGUCACGCCUGCCGGGUAUAUCCUGGUAAACGACGAAAUCGAUCGCGAAACUGAGGAUGUACAUUCAUUUCAGGUGCUCGCAAAGGAGACUAAGACGUCGGAAAAGCGUCAAGCUGUGGCAUCUGUUACUGUAAAUGUCACAGACUUGAACGACAAUAAUCCAAAAUGUUCCCAAGCUGUUUACAGAGUUACUGUGCCAGAGAACAGACCAACGAACACUUCUGUGGUGAAGAUUACUGCAUCCGACCCUGAUUUGGGACCAAGUGGAACGAUCCGAUUUAGUCUUGUUCCAGAUGCUACUGAUCAUUACAAGUCUUUUGCUAUCGAUCCCAUUAACGGCACUAUUUAUACCACGGCUAGUUUUGACCGCGAGCACCUUGCGCUUUACAGGUUAACCACGCGCGCCACAGACCAGCCAACUAGCGGACAAGCAAGAUUCGGAGACUGCCAGGUUGAGGUAACCAUUGGUGAUGAAAAUGACAACAGUCCAAGAUUUACAAAUUUACCAAACGAGACAAGCGUGUCCGAGGGAGCAUCCGUAAACACUGUCUUUUACACAGUUCAGGCCGCUGAUCCUGAUGAAGGUGUGAACGCUAUUGUAAGUUACAGUAUUUCCGCUGGGAAUAUUGACAAUGCUUUCUCUUUGAAUAUUAACAGCGGAAGUCUCUCAACUCUUCGAAAGCUGGACAGAGAAACUAGUGCCCAGUUUUCUCUUCAAAUUACAGCCGAAGAUGGAGGAGGAAAGUCAACAACAAAGAGUCUGGUUGUUCAUAUCUCGGAUGUCAACGACAACUCGCCGGUAUUCACCGAACCAGACGGUUAUUACUUUUCGGUGGACGAGGGAAAAGCUGGUUUAACUGUCGGAAUGGUCAAGGCAAUAGACACUGACGAGGGCAUAAAUGCAGAAGUCACAUACAGCCUUAAGUCCGUACAAGAUUACUUGAAAUUUACCAUUGACCAGACAUCUGGUGAAAUAAAGACAACUACUGCAUUAGAUCGUGAGUCUGGUGACCAACAUAACAUCCGGGUUCUAGCCAAAGAUAAAGGUCUUUCUAAUCUCCAGGCUGAAGUUCAUGUUGUGAUAAACGUCUCUGACGUCAACGAUCAUAGUCCAGUAUUCAGUCAGCGGCAUUACUUUGUAGCAGUGGAGGAGCAACUUCCCGCGCAUGUCAUCUUGAAUUUGACGGCAACUGACCGAGAUAUUGGCAUCAACUCGGCGUUCUUGUAUUCAAUACUUUCUGGAGAUGUUGACAACAGUUUCGCCAUCGAUCCUGCCAGCGGUGCUCUUUCCACAACACGACCCUUAGAUCGAGAACAGCAGGAUUCCUACAUCUUAUUGGUUCGUGUGUCCGAUCUCCAUGGUAACCACAGUUAUGGAGUGGUGUUUGACGAUUCUACUGUGGUUGAAGUUGUCGUCGAGAAUACAAAUGACCACAGACCAUUGUUUGCAAACCCUUUGUAUCACGUUGAAAUAUAUGAAAACAUCACUACUGGUACCGCCAUCUUACAACUCUCUGCCCAAGAUCGCGAUGACAAUGUAAACAUGGCUCUGAGAUACUCCAUUGUCAGCGGUAAUAACCUUGAGAGGUUCUUCAUUGAUGUCUUUAGUGGUAUAAUUUACGUGAAGAGUCCCAUUGACAGAGAUCCACCGAUGAACGAGAGUUCUUUCUUACUCACGAUCAUGGCUAAAGACCAAGGAAAAAUUUCAUUAAACUCCACCACAAGGGUUAGUAUCACUGUGUUUGACGUGAAUGACAGUCCACCGUAUUUUGAAUCUGUUGUAUACACCGUGACAGUUCUAGAGGAUACCCCCAAAGGGACUGUUGUUUUACGCCCUGUAAGUAACGACCGAGAUACUUCCACCAAUCAAGAGCUGAGUUUUGCCAUCACUUCAGGCAAUGAUCAGGUUCCUCCUCAGUUUACUGUGGACAGUUCGAGUGGCGUUAUAUCAAGCCACCAACCGUUUGAUUACGAUGUAAAACCAAACACAUACACACUGACCCUUACAGCCACAGACAAAGGGAUGCCUCCGCUAUCAGGGAAUACCACAAUUAUAAUUGAACUUGAAAACGUUAACGACAACACUCCUAUGUUCACUCAGAAGAAGUUUCUCUUCAGCGCGUUAGAGGGCUCUUACGUGGAUAGCAGCAAAGUUGUUGGUGAAGUGACUGCCGUCGAUAAAGAUCAAGACGAUAAGAAUUCUGCUUUUGGUGAAUUAAAGUACGAAUUUGUGAACCAGACAAGUUUUUAUCGUGACCACCAAUGGCCACUUGACCGUGGGGAUGGUGGCAAGGUUCUGGACACACGUGGUGGUAUCCAAGGGGAGUUAAAAAACGGUGCGAAAGUAGUCUUUGACCCAGACCUCGGCAAUGUGGUGUCACUCGAAGCAUCUGAGGGGUGGUUACUAAUGGGGGACUUUAAAGAUGACUGCAUUAGUAACCCGAGUUUGUGCGCAGAAGGACUCUCCAUUGCUUUCUGGCUGAAGUUCGUCUCUGGUCAGUACGUUAUAUCAUCAGGCGGAGCAUCAGGAUUUGCCACAGGAUUCGAUUUUUAUCGGGAGUCAGCGGCUGGUGACUUUAGGCUGAUUUUGGAAACCUCCACCAGUGAAUGGAGUCUAAAAGUUAACACCAUACCAAGGGAUUGGUUUUACUUCACUUUUACAUGGAGUGUCGAGACAGGGUUACGGUACUUUCAAGACGGACAACUGAUCGCCUCUACCCAGGCCUCAGAGGAUAUAACACGUGGAAGCGAUAUUUUCACCCUUUUGAGCAUUGGAAAACCUAACAAUGUUGAAAGUCCACAGUAUUAUGGAAACUUAUCGGUCAGCGAUCUUCUCAUUUGGCGCAAGCGCCUUAAUGACGAAGAAGUGCUGCAUUCUUACAAAAUAUCACGACAUGUUACAGGCAAAGAAAUGCCAAGCUCUCCCCAGUACAAAGGUAAAUUCGCGCUUUCGGACAACGGAGUAGUAAGUGCUAUUGGAGUAUUGGAUCGAGAGACCAAGGCGAACUACAGUUUCGAAGUACGUGCACUCGAUUUAGAUCCAUUUCACCCUCGAUACAAUACAACCGUCGUGGAAAUACAAGUCUUGGAUGCGAACGAUAACCCUCCGGUAUUUAGGAACGGAAGCUACCUCGCUGAUCUUCCAGAGCAUUCCAGUGUAGGAUUUGUGGCGUUGCAGGUUUGGGCAGAUGACGCUGACCAGGGUUUGAACAGCGUAGUGUCUUACAUGAUAGUCAGCGGUAAUGUAAAGGAUGCGUUCACUAUCGAUGAGAAGACGGGAGAAAUUAAAGUCGCCAGGGAUCUGGACCGAGAAGAUAUAUAUCAGUACGUGCUGGGAGUGGAGGCCAGUGACGGUGGUUCGCCGUCAUUACAGAGCACUGUGCAAGUGACAAUAAACAUUGCAGAUUUGAAUGAUAACGCCCCGAGCAUCAUAUCGAGCUCUUACAUUGCAGGCGUCUUGGAGAAUUUACCAUCUGGUCAAAGCGUUCUCAGGCUCUCGGUCGAAGAUGCCGAUCAUGGCUCAAAUGGACAAGUUACCUUUUCUGUGAACAGUGAUAAGUUUGCUGUAAACUCAUCAACUGGCAUCCUUUACACAACUCAACCACUGGACAGAGAAGAGCAGGCUCGAUACCAAUUGACUGUGCUGGCUACUGACGGGGGAGGAGAUGCUGCAAAGAGCACAAGUGUGUCUUUAGAAGUAAAUGUCGAAGAUGAAAAUGACAAUCGACCGCAAUUCACUGAAUCUGUAUACCUUGUGGCCAUCAGUGAGAACGCCACUGUGUCGUCAUCUAUCAUCCGAGUAUCAGCUGAUGACCCGGAUUACGGCAGUAACGCUGAUUUGAUAUAUUCUCUCAUGGGAGGGGAUGGAGUCUUCGCGAUCAACAGGACAUCUGGCGUUAUCAGCAUUGUAAGCAAAGUUGACCGUGAAACGAAACCCGAUGGCUAUUCAUUAAUUGUCACUGCGAGGGAUCACGGGUACCCCAUUCCUCAGUCUUCCACGGCCUUGGUUAACGUAACAGUAUCUGACGUAAACGAUAAUGCUCCUCGGUUUGAUAAAUUUACGUAUUUGGCCGAAGUCAGAGAGGACAGUGAUAUCAGCAUGGUUGUUACCGUAGUUCAUGCGGUGGAUGGCGAUGAAGGACUGGCUGGGGAGAUUGUAUAUUCCAUCACAGCCGGUAACGAUGGAAGCGUGUUCUCCAUUGAUUCGUCUGGAAAUAUAACAGUUGCUAAGAAGUUGGACAGAGAAACGAAGAGUGCUUACGAACUGACAGUUACUGCUCGUGAUCGUGCAGGUGAACCUAAAUCUACAAGUGUUGAAGUGGAUAUCAACAUAGCUGAUGCCAAUGACAAUCCACCAUUCUUCCGUGCACUACCGCAAACCAUUCUGAUCAGCGAGUCCGCACUUCCCGGCAUGCCUGUCUACACGUUGAUUGCCGAUGACCCCGAUGUUGGCACCAACAAAGUUCUCACCUACGCAGGGAACUCACCCGAGGGAAAAUUUGCAAUCAACGCAAAAACUGGAGUAAUAACAACAAUUGGAAAGUUGGACUACGAAAAACAACAGAAUUACAAAUUCUAUGUCGUGGCAAUGGAUCAAGGCACUCCACCGCUUAAUAGCUCUACACUUCAUGUAAACAUCUCCUUGGUAGAUGAAAAUGACAACAAUCCCCAUUUCGAGAAACCCAUGUAUAGUGUGGAGGUCUGGGAGAAUGAGACAAUCGGUGGUCACGUGGUUCAGGUCAAGGCGACAGAGAAGGACUCGGCCGUUGGGUCUCAUAUUGGGUAUAACAUCUCGGCUGGUGAUCCAUAUGGACAGUUUAAGAUAUUUUUCGACUCGGGAAUCAUCGUAGUUCAGAAGCCUCUCGAUAGAGAAAUUAUACCAAACUAUACGCUUCGUGUGACGGCUACAGACAACGGGAACCCGCCUCGGUACGGUGAAACAUCGGUGACAAUUUUGCUGAAGGACAUAAAUGACCGCACUCCAGUUUUUAAAUUCCAAGAUUAUCAGGGUGAAAUUUCAGAAGACAGUUCUGUAGGGACCACUGUGACAACAGUAGAAGCCACGGACAAAGACAGCCUGGAGAAUACAAUGCUCUCUUACAGCAUUCUGAGUGGGGAUCCAAAUGGCAACUUGGGCAUGACAACAACCAAAAGUGGCGGGAAAUACCUUGGGGAGGUAACCGUGGCAAAGCCCCUGGACCGGGAAACAAAAGAUCUUUACAAACUAAUCAUAUUUGUGUCAGACGGUCUCCACAACAGUAGCGUGAUGCUGGACAUUCGACUCAUAGAUGUAAAUGAUAGGAAUCCUGAGUUUAAUUCCUCAGUUCACUAUUCAGCAUAUGUACCGGAGAUGUCACCUAGUGGACUGUUUGUUCUCCGUGUGCGGGCAAGUGAUGCGGAUCUCGGUGACAAUGCAAGAAUGACGUAUAGCCUUGAAGGAUCAGAUGGUAAAUUUAUUGUUGAUGCAAACACCGGUGAAAUUAGGACAGGUCCAGCGUCUCUUGACAGAGAGGAAAAGAGUCUUUAUCGAAUGACUGCUGUGGCAACCGACACUGGAAACAAGCAGGGUCGCAAGGAAGUAAUUGUUCAUGUAACUGACAUAAACGACAACUCUCCAGAGUUUGUUCGACCAGUCAUGACGGCGGUGCUUACAGAGGGCAACGACACGGCGGGGAUAUACGUGAUACAAGUGAAUGCUACUGACUUGGAUGCUGGGGACAACAAAAACAUUACUUAUUCUAUCAGUGGAGGAAAUCUGGGAGAUGUCUUUCUUAUUGAUGGAAAUACGGGUGUGAUCACGACUAGCAAAGACCUUGACCGGGAGGCGCCUGGAGUGGCAGUCGACGAGGACGGUAGAGGCGUUUAUACGUUAUUGGUUGAUGCCACUGACCAUGGUUCACCUAAACAGCGAACUACUGCUACGGUACGUGUGCUCAUUGAGGAUAUAAACGACAACACACCGUUUUUCCCACCCAAUGGAUACAAUGUUAAGAUAUCGGAAGGAGCCAAAGCUGAUAGUGACGUCAUUGCUGCAGUGGCUAUUGACCCGGAUGCUGGAAAUAAUGGAAAACUUGUAUACGAGUUGAUAUCCGGUAACACAGGAGGCGAUUUCUCGCUGGAUCCUCAGACAGCCAUGAUCAAAACUCGUAAGAAUCUUGAGCGUCAACAGACAUUUUCAUACACUCUAACUAUUGGUGUGUCGGAUCAAGGGAAACCUGCACGAAUUGCAAAGACACAGGUAUACAUCGAAGUUGGUGAUAUUAACGAUAACGACCCGGUGUUUGAUCCGGUAAACUAUACCGUGUCUGUGUACGAAAAUUCGCCCAUGGGAACGCCGUUGAUAAAUGUAACAGCAAAGGAUGCUGACAGUGGUCAAAAUGCUCGGAUUACCUACAGUGUCACAGAAGGGGAUCCUUUUUCUGUAUUUGCUGUUGAUACACAGGAAAGUUACGGAACGGUUAAGGUCAAAAGUCAUGUUGAUCGAGAGCAAACGAAUAACUACAUUUUAACUGUGACUGCAGCCGAUGGAGGAGUUCCACUCAGUAGAAAGGCCUUUGCUACAGUGUUUGUAACUGUACAAGACAGGAACGACAACACACCAAAGUUUUCUCAAGCCAUGUAUACAGGAGACAUAAUGGAAAACUCCAUUGCUGGGACGUCGGUGAACAUGCACCAAAAGAUCAAGGCUACAGACCCCGACGAAGGUCAAUACGGAGAGAUUCGCUAUCACCUUAAUGGCUCCGAAAGACAUCAGUUUGCCAUUGAUCCAAUAACAGGAAUCAUAUCCACGCGAAAAUUUCCUCUACCAACACUGGACCAUGAGAGGAUUGUAAACUACUCCUUUUACGUGGUAGCUGUAGAUGAGAAAGGCUUUGGACAUGCGUCAUCCGUGCCUGUUAAGGUACAAGUCAUAGACGCUAACGACAACGUUCCCAGAUUUGAACCCAAGACGAAAAGUGCAACUAUCAGUGAGGAUUCUCCAGUUGGUUUUUCAGUGACAAAGGUUUUUGCUGUAGAUCCGGAUCAUAAUCUUAACGGAAAAGUGUCUUAUUCAUUGAUUUCUGGUGCAGAUGGAAAAUUUGAGAUUGGAAGAGACGACGGGGUUAUUCGCGUAAUUGGCGAUCUGGAUCGAGAAAUGAAAGAGGGCUACGUUUUAAAUGUUUCAGCUUUAGAUGGCAGUUAUUACCCGCUAGAAGGAUUUGGUACUGUCUUUGUCACUUUGUCAGACGUGAACGACAAUAUACCGAGAUUUGAUAAAUUGGUCUACAAAGUUACAAUCUCAGAAGAGUCUCCAGUCGGUAGUUUGCUUGUAAAUCUUACUGCCAACGAUCCAGAUUACGGAAUAAACUCUGAUAUUUCUUACUCCAUGAACCACCCUAUGUUUAAGAUUGAUCCCAAAACAGGGAGCGUGACAACCACAAAGGAACUGGACCGAGAAACUAUGGACACAUAUUCAUUCAUCGUACGUGUUCAAGAUGGUGGAGGUCUGGAAUCAAGUGUAGCUGUGAAUGUGGUGAUAUCAGACACAAAUGAUAAUUCUCCGUAUUUCCUAAGCGAGAGGUACAAGACCGACGUUAUUGACAAGACACCAGUUGGUACCAUAGUGUUAUCAAUUGUUGCAGAAGAUAAGGAUGUCCAUCAAAAUGCCCGUAUUGUAUAUACCAUUGUUGAUGCGAAGGACGACUUGUUUAGUAUCGACUCAGAAGACGGGUUUAUAAAGGUUCACAAUCCAAUCAAUCGUAUCGAUCUUCUUCGACGUGAUGUGAUCGACGUCAAUGGCUCCUUUAUUUUCAAGGUGGUAGCACGUGAUCACGGAAUAGUUUCUCGGUCGUCCAAUAUCACUGUAGAGAUGAACAUAGUCGAUGCAGGCGAUGACAGUCCUGUGUUUAACAGAUCAUCUUAUGUAGUCAAUGUUACGGAAAACCAAUCACCGGGGACCCCGAUUUUGCAAAUUAUGGUUUCAAAGCACAGACCAGGAGCGGUCAUUACAUACAGUAUUGUAUCCUUACAGGACGAAUUCCAGAUUGACCAAAGCACGGGUGAAAUUUCAACAUUGGUUAUUUUAGACAGAGAAGUACGAGCGGAUUUUGUGUUCACCGUUCAAGCCAUGGAUAACGGACACACUCCGCUCAGUGGCUACACUUCGGUGACCGUCCAUGUGACUGAUGAAAACGACAACGCUCCUCGUUUCCAGUUCCUUUCUCCUCACAAAAUGACCGUUAAGGAGGAUGCCCCUCUCGGAACAAGGGUCUGUCGUGUGGAAGCGCUUGAUAGUGACGUUGGGGAGAACGCUGUAUUUGAGUACGCUAUCACCCAUGCGAAUAUUGGCCCGGGGCAGUCAAUGAUCUCGGUUCACUCAGACUGCGAAACUCCCUUGGGGCUGGAGAAUGGUGAAGUCAAAGCCAGCGACACCCAAGCCACGAGUACAUACACUCUUCCUAACGAGGAUUACUCACCAACACUGGGGAGACUUAAUAACAAAGUUUUUAACCAGUUUGGGAUAUCUUACAAAGGGGCUUGGUGUGCAGCCACGAAUAACAAGCAACAAUAUCUGCAGAUUGACUUUCGAGGAAUGCGAAAAGUUACAAAAGUUGCCACACAGGGGAGGCCUGGAUCCAACGAUUACGUUGAAACUUACAAACUGUCGUUCAGUUUGGAUGGCAACUCAUUUGAAUUUCACAGAGAGGUUUUUCAGGGCAACAAAGAUGGUGAUAGUACCAACACGAAUCGUGUUCUUCCUCCAUUUCACGCGCGCUACGUGCGAGUUCAUCCUCAGUCAUGGAAUGUCAGGAUUUGCAUGAGACUGGAACUUUAUGGCUGCGAGUCCACCGGGAAAGACGAAGUUACUCUGCCUUUCAUCAUUGAUCCAGACACUGGUUAUGUUAGUACUUCAUAUAGCCUGGAUCGUGAAUUGCAGGAAAAGUAUAUACUGACUGUGGAGGCCAAAGACAAAGGCAGCCCUCCUAUGAGAAGCAAUACAACUCUUGAAGUCCUAGUGAUAGAUACCAACGAUAAUCCACCAGUAUUCACACAACCAGAAUAUACUGCAUUAGUUCCUGAAAACGCAUUCGGUGGAUAUCAGGUGAUAAGAGUCACAGCUCUGGACGCUGACGAAGGUAACAACGCUGCUGUAUCUUACAACAUCGUCGAUGGUGCGGGCGGCAAGUUCAUUAUUGAAGAAUCAUCAGGCAUAGUUCGUCCCUCCGGUCGUCUUGACUACGAACCUAUGGGGGACAAAUUUUACUUGCUGAAUAUUUCUGCCAGAGACCACGGUCAGCCACAGUUCACGUCCUAUGUUCUCCUGAACAUUACCGUCACGGACUUCAAUGACAAUCAGCCUCAAUUUUCACAAAAUUCCUAUACUUUGCGUGUGUCAGAGGAUACUAGAGUAAAUUCAUACUUUGAUCAGAUUACUGCUACCGAUGAAGAUACUGGAGCAAACGCAAAGAUCACCUAUUCUCUCAAGGAUGACAUGGGAACAUUUUUCAUUUCUCCUGAAACGGGACAGUUAAAGCUUCUUCAGUCGCUGGACCGAGAGAAAAAGGACCUUUAUCGGUUAACUCUUGUGGCCACUGAUAAUGGGGCCCAUAGGCUUUCAUCUGAAGCAGAGGUGUUUGUCCAAGUCUUGGAUGUAAAUGACAAUUUUCCGAAGUUUACUCGCCGUUUGUAUGAGCGGAAGUUGGUAGAAAACGUAGCCGUCGCCACUGUUGUACAAGUCGUGCGAGCAAAUGAUGCUGACAUAGGCAAAAAUGGCAACGUGCGGUACAUGAUCACAGCCGGAAACGAAGCUGGACUCUUUUCAAUUCAUGAAAUUACCGGAGAGAUAAGUGUGGCAAAACCCUUGGAUCGUGAGGCGAACAACUCCUUAAAAAUUAGCGUGCUCGCUGAGGAUGGUGGGGAACCUAAGAAAACCGACCAAUCCGAAGUUGAAUUUGUUUUGACUGACGUGAAUGACAACUCACCCGUCAUAAGACCGAAGAAGAGCAAAGCCUCAGUCUUCGAGAAUGUUAACACUGGGUCGUUUGUGUAUGAUGUCAAUGCCACUGAUGACGACAUUAUGAUGAAUGGGAGAGUGGAAUUUGCCAUCAUGCAUGGCGAAGAAGGGAAGUUUGUUAUUAACGCUACUUCCGGAGUUAUAACGACCGCUGGUGCGCUUGACCGGGAGAAAAAGGACUGGUAUUCACUCAUCGUCAUGGCACGUGACCAGGGUACGGUUCCAUACAUGGAUUUCGGUACAGUUGAGGUGAAGAUACUUGAUAUGAAUGACAACACACCGCUAUUUACUACCACUUUCGGACCCUUCUCGGCAACUGAAAACGAACCCGAGAAUACAACGAUAGGAAAGGUUUUUGCUGAGGACAAAGACAUCGGAAAACAUGCUGAAAUAACAUAUUCAAUAACUGGGGGAGACACUGACAACUGUUUUGAAAUAAAUGGAGCUACCGGAAGAAUCUUUACUAACAAGCCAUUGGACCGCGAGAGGAUUAGGCACUACGAUCUUUCAGUGGCUGCAACCAAUGUCGCAUCCAGUCCACCCUUGAGCAGUGAGACAAUAGUGAGAGUCAAUGUCCUGGACACCAAUGACGAAGCGCCUCGUUUUAGUGUCCCUAGCUACAACGAGACGAUCUCCGAGGGAGCCAAGGCAGGAACAUCCAUUGUGAAAGUGUCCGCUCAAGAUAAAGAUCUGGGUACUAACAGUCGUGUACUAUACAAAAUUCUGUAUGAUGAGAUCACUGCAAACGUGUUUGGCAUGAAUCAAGAUUCCGGAAUAAUGACGUUAAAAAACAACAUCGACGAAGAAGAAUACAGACGGUUUAUGAUUAUUGUAGAGGCAAAGGACCUUGGAUCACCCCAGCCCCUCUCGUCUGUUGUUCCUGUUUAUGUCAUCGUUGAUGACGUGAAUGACAAUCAGCCGAAGUUUGAAAAAAAGUUUUACAGUGCGUCAGUGUCUGAGACGGCUUCUAUUGGUUGGUCAGUUAUCAAGGUCAGAGCCACAGACCAAGAUAUGGGACCAAAUGCCGAAAUGACUUACAAGAUAACACGAGGAGAUGAUCAGAGUGACUUCCGUAUCGAUAACAGUGGUACUGUGUUCGUAAACAAGGGUCUGGAUCGAGAAAGGCAUUCUGCAUACACGCUGGAGGUUCGAGCCUAUAAUUACAGAACCAAGGCUUUCAAUGAGACCAGUCGACCGCGGCAGAGAAAUGUAGAUGCUGAAGGUUAUUUGUAUGACAUUUCAACCCUCAUCAUAACUAUACUUGAUAUCAACGAUAACGCUCCUAGGUUCAUCAGACCGCUCUUCACUGGAGGUAUUGCAGAAGCUGCAGGUUUUGACUCGUACAUCAUGAAAGUCAAGGCUACAGAUAGAGACGCGGGUAAUUUUAGUGCGGUGCAGUACAGAAUAUCCUCUGGAAAUGAUGGCGGCUUUUUCAAAAUAGACGAAGACACUGGAUUUAUAACAACAGCCAGCAACUUUAAAGGGAAGAAGGGCGAACGUUUUGAAAUUAAAGUCAGUGCUCAUGACAACUACGGCAAACCUCCUACAAACGAGGCUGAUGGAGAGGCCACGGUUCAGAUAUUUGUUCUUGUUGACGAGCAACGCGUAACUCUCAAGGCUGAAGUUGACCCAUCUCUUAUCGAGAGAAAUAAGGAGGAAUUUAUAAGUGUGUUGAAUAACAUAACCGAGGCCGAGGUGAAUAUAGAGGCGAUUUUCAAAGUUUUUUCGGAGAACUCUGAGGGUAAGCAGAUCGCAAAUUCUGAGGUGUUGUUCCACGCUGUUGACCUCAAUACUCAGACCAUCAUGACCAGCAAUGAAGUGCUCAGCACCAUUGAAAAGCACACUGACCAGUUGGAGACCUUGUACGCCAGAUGGAAAAUCAGAGCUCCCAUCGCUUCCACCACACAACGUCCAACAGAGGACAGUGGCCUGGGUAACGCUGAACUAGCACUUAUCAUCCUUGGAUCUGUAGUUGGGCUGCUGUUGUUACUGGGUCUGUGUUUUGCCGUAAAGACACGUUGCAGAGUAAAGAAACGUGAAAUGUACAAUUCGCCAAGAGCACGAAGAAAGCUUGGUAGCACCAAUCGCAAUGGCUCCUGGUCGUAUUAUGAUGACGUCAUUGGAACUAUUGAAGACAAGAGUGUAGCUUCUGUCAGGAUGUCUCAUCCGUAUGGAAGCGACCCAGGAAUGUACAGCGGCUCAGAUUAUGUGCUCACUAAGAAAGGACGCUCAUUGGAAGACAGAAUUUGGGAUGAUGAGCCUGACUGCUAUUUAUCACAGGAUUCAAAUUCUAAAAUCGACUCAUACCUUGAUGAUGACGGCGAAUCAGAACACGGUGCAGCCGGAAGUGAUAUCAGCCAGGAAAGCUCCGUCCACUCAUCGAAACUAACAGCUGACGGCAUGGUGGUUACGAAAGUCUAGCAGGAUACAUCUCUUUCUUUGAAAUACGAAUCAUUACAAUACUGAGUUCAAAUUUUUUCGGCGAGAAUGAACUAAAACGGUCUCUUCUGACUUAUCUUAUUGUCAAAAUUACUUGAUGCAACUUUUUAGCGCUUCUAGAAUCAUAAAAUAAUGAGCAGGUGCUAUAGGCAAAAUGUAUUUAAAAAACGCGAGUUGUAUACCCUUUUUCCUGGCCACUUGGAUGUUAGAAUGCAUUAGUGAGGCGUUUUUCGCCUUGAAUUGUGAGAACAUUUUGAUUAAACUGUUCCCUUUAGUUGUCAGCAUGAGGAGGAAGGAACUCAUUGUUAUAAAUGAAUAACACUGAGGGCGUUUUCAGUUUCCAACGAGCCUUUCAAAACGUGUCUUCGAAUGUGCACAGUCGAAUUUUCAUCUCAUUUUCUUUACUAUUUUGAUGUUUGAUAAAAAGCUAUAUUGUAUUUGCAUCACACUUCUUCUCUGAUGAUUUAAGUCUACGGCCAAUCAUUUUCAGGAAAUGGGCAUGUUCGAGCAACUCGAGCAACUAGUUAAAGGAAGGUUUAUUUUCGCGUUCACUGAGCUUGACAUUCAGAGUGAAAAUCUCGCCGGGAAUCGGCGCAGAGCUCCUCGCUGAUCGUUUGGUUUUCAUUUGAUAUUACCUAUUGUCACAUUAUGGACUUUCCAGGGGGACUUCAGAGUGGUUUAUUAGGACCUGCCUUCUCGCGAUCAGCCUUAUCAGGACCUGUUAGCGGUAGGUCCCGCAAGCAAUUGGAAAGACCAAAUGACAUUCUUCUCGAUACUAUCAAUUUAAGGGUAAUAAUGCACUAUUAAACCAAUAAGAUUGAAUUUUUGGUCAUUAUCCUUGACUUAAAUUUAUUAUGAUGUAUAUCCAAUUGUUAUUCUUACAAUUACUUUGUCUAUUCCUAACCUCUUUAAGCAGCUCUCUGCAAAUACUUUUCUUCUAUAUAUGUACAUAUGAAUUGAAGAAUUUUUUUGUGAUGAUGUCAUGUUUCGAUGUUGAAAACUGAAUGAGAUAACAAUUGCUUCAGCCUGGCAAUUGUUGUUAUUGUGGAGGAAAAUCAGUCUUUGCUCUUGACUGGUUUAGUUCGAAUAUGCAGUGGCACUCCUUUGAUCGACCGGUGUAAGUCGGGCCUCGUAAAUCAAAUUGCCGAAUUUGGUUAAUUAAGGUUUGUUGGAUUUGCCUCAGUUAAAUGUAAAGUUAAACUUGUCCACCAGAAAGGUUGUCAUUUAGCAGAGAGGUCUACCCCCCCCCCCUACAUAUACUAUUCAGUAAAGCUUCCAUUACGUAUUAAAUGGCCCAAAUUUCCUAAGACUUUGGGGAGCCUUGUAGACUCUUUUUACAUAGAGUUACACGACAAAUCACUGAUCACCUUAAUUGCAGGGAUUCAAAUAGCGCAGUCCUUUUCCGUUUCAGCGAUCCAAGAAGAGUUCUAGUGAAUUUUGGUAUUCUUAUGGAGUAUACGAUUGGAUUGGCAAAGCUGUUACUAUAAUGCAACAGCUUUGUGAAAGCGAAGACUUCAUAAGGAAUGUGAGAUGACUCCCAAGUAUCACUUAAGAAAACAACGAUGUUAAGAAUGUAGAAAGGUAUCCAGGUUAAAACGAAAACAAGUGUUAUAAUUAAAAGGGUUGUGACGAGUUGUUUCUCUUGAGCACUUCGCUUC